GAAAUCUAAUUCUAUCGGUUCGAACUUCAUACACAUGGCGACGCGGACCAACAUCACAAUCACAAUCCCUUCGGAGCAUCCGCCGCAUGUUCGGUGAACCAUGUCCACCGUCAUUCCGAUUCGCGACGCCGCCGCCGAUGGAGUCGACGGCCUCUACUCGCCGGCGAAGCAGAAAGCGGCCAACCGCGGCGCAUACGGCAGCCUGCCCCUUCUCUCCCUUCGGCGAGUCAAAAUGUUUCUCGGCGCCGUUAAGUUCAAGCUCUUCUUGGCGUUCUGCGCCUUCUCCGUCGUCGUAUUCGUCUCGUCGAGACUCAGUUCCUGGAUGGGUUGGAACCCUCACCAGUUCUCUUCAGUUUCUUCUACUUCCAGGGGUGGCUAUACUGUGCUUAUAAACAGUUGGAAGCAAAAUUCUCUUCUAAAACAAGCUGUUGCGCAUUAUGCAUCCUGUCGUAAUGCUGAAGCAAUAGAUGUGGUUUGGAAUGAUAGUGAACCGCCGUCUGAAACAUUGAAAAUGCAUCUUAACAAGAUUGGGCUUUUGAAGUCUCAGAGAACUCACAAACCAAACUUUAAAUUCGAUAUCAAUGCAAAAGAUCAAUCAAACAGCAGAUUUAAGCCAGUAAAGGACCUCACGACAGAUGCAAUUUUCUCAGUUGAUGAUGAUGUGAUCGUUCCAUGCCAUACUCUAGAUUUUGCUUUCUCAGUCUGGCAAAGUGCUCCGUUCACAAUGGUGGGGUUUGUUCCUCGAAUGCACUGGCUGGAUAAGGAGCAAAGUAAUGUUGCAUAUUACAGAUAUGGAGGAUGGUGGUCAGUUUGGUGGACGGGCACUUAUAGCAUGGUUCUUGCUAAGGCUGCAUUCUUUCACAAGAAAUACUUGGAUUUAUAUACCCAUGAGAUGUCUCCAUCAAUUCAGAACUAUGUUUCUAGGGAGAGAAAUUGUGAAGAUAUUGCAAUGUCUCUUCUUGUUGCGAAUGCUACAGGUGGUCCUCCAAUAUGGGUGAAAGGCAAAAUCUAUGAGAUGGGAGCUUCGAGCAUUAGCAGUCUGAAAGGGCAUAGCCAAAGGAGAAACAAAUGUCUCAAUGAUUUAAUAUCACUUUACGGAACACUUCCUCUUGUGCCAACUAACGUCAAAGCAGUUAGCGCUAGGAAUGAGUGGUUAUGGUAGUUUUGUUCUUGCACUUAUCUGCCACGGAUCCAUUCCACGCCCGCCAUUGAAAGGGAUAAAAGAACAGAACAAGAGUUUCAGGGCCAUUAGUUAAGGAAUCUAUUGGCAUAUUAUGUGUAUAUACAUGUUGGAAUAGGAUUGUCUCAUGUUUUCUCAUGUUCAAGUUUUUUGUGUCUAUCUCUCUCUUCAUAUGUAUUAAAUAGCUGGGAUCAUGUGAAUGUGUAUGAGGAGAGAGAUAGACACAAUACAGGUUCCACUUAAGUGUCUCAGAAAGUUUUGAUUCAUUAACGUGUAAUGCACAUCAUGGUGUAAUUUGCCUUUUAUAUUAGUUAUGGGAAUGUUAUUGUAGA